GCGAAGAUGAGGCGCCCCCCAUCCCUCCAGCGGUUAGCUCUCCUCCUGGUGGGACUGGCGGUGCUCCGGAGCGGGCGAGUGACAGCAGGAGGAAAAUCCUACGCGGGACCCUGUGCAGGAAGAGACUGUAGUGGAGGAUGUGAAUGUUUCCCAGAAAAAGGAGCUCGCGGCCAACCGGGACCAAUUGGGCAGCAGGGGCUCCCCGGGCCCCACGGAGUAGAAGGCAUCCCGGGACUGCCAGGGCACAAGGGUGACAAAGGAGAAAGAGGCCGACCAGGAAUAUCUGGACCAACAGGAGAAGUGGGACAAAGAGGGAUCACUGGAUUUCCCGGCGCAGACGGCAUUCCUGGGCAUCCGGGUCAAGGAGGAUCUCGGGGGAAACCUGGCCACGAUGGCUGCAACGGGACCAGGGGAGAUCCUGGGCAGCAGGGAAGCUCGGGGACCGCGGGCUUGCCUGGUUUCUUUGGAAACCCUGGACCCAAAGGUCAGAAAGGGGAACCAUUUGUUCUGACUCCUGACUUAGCUGCAGAGUUCAGGGGUGACCCUGGAGAUCCAGGACUCAUGGGCUUUCCAGGUCCUCAAGGUCUCCCUGGUUCCCCAGGUGUGUUUGGUCCUGUUGGAGACCCAGGACUACCUGGGCCUCCUGGGCUGCCAGGACAACCAGGACUUCCAGGCAACAGAGGUCUUGGCUUUUAUGGAGAAAAGGGUGAAAAGGGUGAUAUUGGUCCCCCAGGUCCACCUGGGCUUUCAUCAACAGGAGAACUGGUCGUCACACCGGAAAUCACAGCAGAACACAAGGGGAUGAAAGGAUCAAAAGGAAUAAGGGGAGAACCUGGAAUUCCUGGUUCCUAUAUAUUUUUUGCUGAAAAGGGUGAAGAAGGAGUCACUGGCUUUCCAGGACAAAGGGGUUUGCCAGGCAUCAAUGGUCUAAAAGGAGCUGCUGGAGACGUGGGCAACCCAGGACCGGAUGGCUUCCCUGGCCCCAAUGGUCAAAAAGGAAUGAAGGGAGAGACGGGCAACCAAGGCAUUCAAGGCCGACCAGCUUAUGCACAUCGUCCCACUCUAAUAAAAGGUGCAAGAGGUGACACUGGAGCCCCUGGUUUCCCUGGGCUUAGGGGAGACAGAGGUGAAGAAGGCAGUCCUGGUAUUCCUGGUCGACCAGGACCACCACCAGAUUUCUCCAUAGGAAGAGGUUUGCCUGGAGAAAUGGGUCCCAAAGGUUUUGUUGGCGAUCCAGGAUUGCCAGCUUCAGAGCCGGGUUUCCCAGGGUUAGAUGGUCAGCCCGGACUACCUGGUUUUCCUGGCGCACCUGGCCCUGCAGGUCCUUCAGAUUAUAUUCUUGGACCAAAGGGGUUUCCAGGGUUUCCUGGACCUGGGGGCAACCAAGGUCACCCAGGGACACGUGGACUAAAAGGAGAAAAGGGUGAGCCAGGGGAUUGCAGUUGUGGAGCUGAUGAAGGAAGAAGGGGCCCCGCUGGGCAGCCAGGACCCCCAGGUUUUCCUGGCCCAGCAGGACAGCCUGGGAGAAAGGGAGAAGUCGGCGAUCAAGGCCAGCAUGGCGUUCCUGGAUUUUCUGGUGCAAAAGGGCUGCCGGGACUUCCUGGACUUCCCGGACCGCCAGGGCCUAAAGGGGAUGCCCGAUACGUAACAGAAAAAGGUGCCAAAGGAGACCCAGGAGACCUUGGGUUUCCUGGAGCGAAAGGAGAGGAUGGUUUACCAGGCAGAGAUGGGAAAGAUGGUUUGCCAGGACUUCCAGGGCUUCGUGGUGAUGGUACAAGAGGGGCCAUAGGGGACGCUGGUGACCCAGGACUGCCUGGCCCUAAGGGCUUUCCAGGUGAAGUCGGUCUGCCUGGCAUUAGCUUGCCAGGCCCCCAAGGAUAUCCCGGUUCUCCAGGUGACCUCGGGGCGCAUGGGAGCCCUGGCUUGCCUGGCCUUCCAGGUCCCUCAGGGACUCCUGCUCAAAUAGAUUGUGGACAAACACAAACAGUGCAAGUGCUUUUCCCUGACAACAGGACAGAACCACAGUGGCCAGGUGCUGGCUGCCCUACGGCCCCCAAAGGAGCUCCAGGAAAUCCAGGGUUACCAGGACCAAGAGGCGCAGUUGGUCCGAAAGGGACUCCAGGAGGCUUUGGUCUGGAUGGGCGCCAGGGGGUAACAGGGCCCCAAGGGGACCGAGGCCCCGAAGGUGUAGCAGGCCCCCCAGGAUUUACUGGGCCCAGAGGAAGUCAAGGUUUACCAGGAUUACCUGGGCCAAAAGGUUUUCCGGGUAGUCCUGGUUCAUCAGGUUUCCCAGGUGCACCGGGAGCAAAAGGAAUCACAGGAGAUAUCCUAGGAGCACAGCCAGGCCUCCCAGGAGAUGCUGGACAAUCUGGAUACCCAGGACUUCAAGGCCCCCAAGGAGACCAAGGUGUUCCUGGAUUUAGAGGCCUCACUGGGGUUCCAGGCCCAUCUGGAAUCAAAGGGCAGCGUGGGUUUCCGGGUCCUUCUGGCUUGACAGGUAUCCCGGGGCCACCAGGAUCAUUUGGAUUCCCUGGAAUGCCAGGCCCACAAGGAUCCGCAGGAAGAAUGGGUUCACAGGGAUUUAUUGGCCCUCCUGGCCCCCGAGGGGAUUCAGGAGACCCAGGAGCACCUGGCCCUGCAGGUGUAAAAGGCCUGCUGGGUACCAAAGGAGAUCCAGGUUUCGCAGGCAUUAAAGGCAAAGCUGGUGAGAUUGGCCUUGCUGGAGUAGAUGGGAUGCCCGGCCUCCCUGGUCUGAAAGGCAGCAAAGGCUCCCAGGGCGUUGAAGGGUUCAAAGGGGCCAUGGGCCUCAAAGGAUGGCCGGGGUGGAAAGGAGACCCAGGAGAGACGGGCGUACCUGGGCUGCAGGGCUCACAAGGACUGUCUGGUGAACCAGGACAGAAAGGAAACCGUGGAGAACAUGGCCCACCGGGAGCACCCCCGAAAAUCAUGCUGAGCAUGCUCCAGGAAGUGAAAGGUGAAAAAGGAGACGAGGGGGAAACAGGAGACAAGGGGUACUUUGGUCCCAAAGGCAGUAAAGGGAUGCCAGGCUACCCCGGCCAGACUGGAAGACCUGGUUUACCUGGAUUCCCAGGUUACAUAAAAGGCCACAAAGGAGAGAUCGGGGCCAAAGGAUUCAAAGGCGUUCCAGGACACCCUGGUGCCCAGGGACCUCCGGGUAUUUCUGGCUUCCCCGGAGCCACUGGACGUCGGGGAGACAAGGGAAUGCCGGGGACAACAGGGUCAUUUGGCGAGAAGGGCCAGACUGGGGACUUGGGUAGCAGGGGAGAUACUAUAAACUUACCAGGACAAAGAGGUCCCAAAGGAGAGAGCGGUUUCUCUGGAUUCUCAGGCGUAAGAGGCCCCACAGGAGAAAAAGGGGAAAGUGGAGAUCCGGGUAUUACAGGCAUUGAAGGAUUCAGGGGUGCACAAGGAGAACCUGGUUCAAGAGGACAAAAAGGAUUUCCGGGACAGAUUGGGGAACGAGGAUCAUCGGGGGAUCCAGGAUUUCCAGGAUUAUCGGGUGAAAAGGGAAGUUCUGGACAGCCAGGGCUUCCAGGACUGAAAGGUGCACCAGGCUUCAGAGGAAUUUCUGGAUUAGAUGGGCUGGCAGGAGCUAAGGGACUUCCAGGAACACCAGGUCCCGACGUAUAUGGCCCACCAGGAUUCCGAGGUCCUUGGGGUGACAAAGGUACAGCAGGGGAGCCGAGCUCUGUUGAAGGCAGUACAGGAGCUCCGGGUCAAAAAGGAGAGAGAGGAGAUCCAGGGCCACGAGGCGCAGCUGGAGGUCCCGGACCAGCCGGACUGCCAGGCCUUCCUGGAAUUUCGAAUAUCUCUGGAAUCCCUGGGGACGUAGGAGCCCCUGGUUUUGAUGGCGUACCAGGCUACCUGGGACCUUCAGGGAGACCUGGAAUUCCUGCUCCCCCUGGCCCCAAAGGAGAAGUGGGAGAGGUGGGCGUGGUUGGAGAAGACGGUCCAAAAGGAUUUAGGGGAGACCCAGGUUUGGACGGAAGACCCGGAAUACCAGGAUAUCCAGGGCCAAAAGGGAGAAAAGGUGAACAAGGAGUCAUGGGAUUUGUUGGCUUAAUAGGAAGUACAGGCGACAUUGGCCCGAGGGGACCCAAAGGAGACAGAGGACCUACAGGAUUUCCGGGACCUGCAGGUUCCCCUGGCCUGGCUCCUGUUCCCCCUAAACUGCACGCACUGCAGGGAGCACAAGGGCCUCAGGGGAGCAGAGGAUCUCAAGGCAGUCCUGGAGAAAUGGGUCCACAAGGCCCACCAGGAGAACCAGGUUUUAGAGGACCACCAGGCAAAGCAGGGACGCCAGGAAGAGGAGGAAUACCAGCAUCUCCAGGCUUCAGAGGUGACCAAGGCAGAAUGGGACUGCAGGGUCCCCUGGGCUCUGAAGGUGCACCAGGUGAUCCAGGUACUCGUGGGCUGCCAGGUAUGCCAGGCCGCAGCGUUAACAUUGGGUACCUUCUGGUGAAGCACAGCCAGUCGGAUCAAGAGCCCAUGUGUCCGGUGGGCAUGAACAAGCUGUGGAGCGGCUACAGUUUGUUGUAUUUUGAAGGACAAGACAAAGCACAUAAUCAGGAUCUGGGCCUAGCUGGGUCGUGUUUGGCUCGGUUCAGCACGAUGCCUUUCCUUUACUGCAACCCUGGAGACAUCUGCUACUAUGCCAGCCGCAAUGACAAAUCCUACUGGCUCUCUACGACGGCCCCUCUUCCAAUGAUGCCUGUGAGAGAAGAAGAAAUACAGCCUUAUAUCAGCCGCUGCUCGGUCUGUGAGGCCCCGGCCGUUGCCAUCGCGAUACACAGCCAAGACGUGUCUAUCCCACACUGCCCAGAGGGGUGGCGCAGCUUAUGGAUCGGCUAUUCAUUCCUUAUGCACACAGCCGCUGGUGCUGAAGGAGGAGGCCAGUCUCUCGUCUCGCCAGGUAGCUGCCUGGAGGACUUCCGAGCCACUCCGUUCAUCGAAUGCAACGGCGCUCAGGGGACUUGCCACUACUUUGCCAACAAGUACAGCUUCUGGCUCACCACCAUCAACAACCAGUUUCAACACUCGCCCUCCUCAGAUACUCUUAAGGCAGGACUCAUCCGAACACACAUCAGCCGAUGCCAAGUCUGUAUGAAAAAUUUGUAAAAAAAAGAAAAAGAAGAAAGAAAUUGCUUCAGAAUGGCAGGAAGCAAAUCCUCUUGGUGCUUAUUUAACUUAUUACCUCAGAACCCAAAGAUGUGUAUUCCAGUUAUUACUCGGGAGAACCAAACCACAGCCCACUGCUCUUGACUAAACGGUGGUUUCUGUUACCAUUUCAUGUUCCGUUCUUUUCUGACUUCAGUUCCGAAUAGAACCGCUUUCUCUUAUAAGGCUGAAACAGUGGGCAGAGUUCCUGGCCUAACACGUGUUCUGUCAGUCAGAUCCAAUUGAUGCCCACCAUUUUAUUCACAUUUGUUCUGUAUGCUUUUCUCUGAAAACAAUUAACAGUCCUAACUCGUAGUCAUUUAAAAAUAAAUGGAAGGGUUAAAAAAAACCCAGAGAUCGGCUUAGCAAGCUGAAACACAAAAGCUGUAGCAGAAAGAGAAAGAGAGAAAAAAAACAGAGGUUCUCUUUUAGUUUCUGAGACGCUGGCUGGCCACAAUCCAACUCAGAGUGAGUUUGCACUGGAUUGUGACCUUGGUGCUGUAACAUUAUUGCAGGGUCAUUUGUUUUUGCUAACCGUUUGUCACCCAGUGGUGAAUUGUUUCAUGUACCUGCUAAGUUUCCAUGGCUUACAUUUCAUAUACAGGAGAAAUUGCUUCUGAGAAACGGUUGUCUGGUUACGCACUCAAACACUGCUGUUUCUGGAACAAUGAGGCCGUGCUUCCUGAAGCCUCCGGAUUUGACCUUCCAGAAGGCAGCACAUUGAGACCAGCAAGGGGAAGUUCUGGGGGGCUUUUGCCACAUCGCAGGUGGUGUUUUUAGUUUGUCUCUCCUUGCCGCCUCCUUGUAGGGGGAGGGUGGGCAGACCCACACAGGCCUUUUUUGGAACAGGAACACAGUUCCGGCUGGCUUGGUGUCAAGGGGUGUGGCCUAACAUGCAAAUUAGUCCCCACUGGGCUUUUUCUACACAGAAAGCCCUGUGCAAAACAAUGGUGAUUUCCGGCGGUGUGGUCUAAUAUGCAAAUGAGUUUCUGGUGGGCUUUUUCUACAAAAAAAAGCUCUGGACCCACACAUUCUAAUCCUGGUUUGGAGAUGUUAAAAUGGAAUGGCAAAAAACAGACAUCACUAUUCUCUUCCUGUGUUGCACCUGGCAGAGGGAGAAAACACACCUUUCCUCCCAGGCGUGAUUAUUCUAAAUCUGCUUCCAACUUCAGGGCUUACUUCCAGCCCUGAGAAGCAGCAGGAAAGGGAGGCAGAGCUAGAAUUAACUUCAUCGCAAGAGAGGGAACACUCUCUACGCGCCUGGUACCAGGCAGAUGCUUGGAUGCACCAGCAGCGAGAUUGCUCUAGGCUGAGAGAACGUGUCAGCUCCUUUGCCCACCUUGAACACGCAUGAAGCUGCCUUGGUGUAGUGGUUAAGGGUGUGGAUUUUUAUCUGGGAGAACCGGGUCUGAUUCCCCACUCCUCCUCAUGCAACUGCUGACCUUUGGUCAGGCAUAACUCUCUCAGAGGUGUUCCUCUCAAGAGCAGUUUCUGUCAGAGCUCUCUCAGCCCCACCUAUCUCACAGAGUGUUUGUUGUGGGGAGGGGAAGGGAAAGGAGAUGGUAAGGCGCUCUGAGACUUUCAGGUAGUGAAGGACAGAGUAUAAAUCCAGUCAUCUCCUCCUCCUCUUUCACCAGAUCCUUGGUCCUACAAAGUCUGUAUUGUGUUACUCUGACUGGCAGCGGCUUUCCAGGGUCUCAUGCAGAGGUCUUUCACAUCCUUGUGUGUUGCCAUGAGUUCUGCAAGGGAGAAAGGCAGUUAAUAAAUGUUUUAAAUAAAUAAAUUGCUUACUACCUGGUCCUUUUUUUUCCAACUGGGGAUGCCAGGGAUUGAACCUGGGACCUUCUGCAUGCCAAGCGGAGGCUCUACCACUGAGUCACAGCCCCUCUCCAAGGAAAUCACCCCAGCUAAGAACCCACCAGACUUCUAUUGAGGUUCUUGUACUUGUGUUCCAUCAAUUUGUAAUUGCUACAUCAUAAAAUAAAGAGUUUGUUUUUAAAAUUGUAA